UAUUAAUGUCUGCCCAAGAAUUGCAGGAAAAACAAAAGAGACUUCUUUGACAGUACAAUGAAUGUGACACCCCCAGAAAGUAUUACUGCUUCACUCAUCAGACUAGGCUAUGCGGGGACUGCUCAGAUGCCCUUCAUUAUGACUGCAGCGUCCAACUUAUCGGCUGCUCUGACGAACUUUGGAGAUCAGCCGGACUUGUCGAGAGCCUCUUGAAGACGCUUACACAUAAGGCCUCAGAGUUUGAGUUGAUCUCCAAGAUCGAUCACCUUCGAGACUGCUUGAAGCACUUUACCACCGUGUUCACAGACUAUGAAGAGCAAGUCAGAGAGGCUGUCACAAAAGAUAAGUUCCACGAGUACUCCAGGCUGACAGAACAAGCUAAAGAGAUGAAGAGAGACAUCUUGAAUGGGAACUUCGGAGACCUCGGAACCUUUGACAAUAACAGCAACCCAUUCUUGAGAUUGCUGUACGACUCCGAGCUGAUCCACUCUUCUUACAGCAAGAUCACGCUGGAAACGAAAAAAGAGGCUAGGAACAUACCCUCGUUCAACCAGGCUGUCAGAGAAGCAGUCACCGAUUACAGAAUCAAGCUUGAAGUCAAGGCAGAGGAGGAAGUCAAGGAGAGGAAAGCCCAGGCUGAAGAGGAGGCAGAGGCCAAGUUCAGAGACGAGAUUCAGGCACUCACUCAAGACUCUCAAACCCAGAAAGAGGCUGCCGAUAGAAUAAUCUUAGACCUCAACAACAAAAUCAGCAACCAAGAAAACCUGAUCGCAAGAGAGAAGAUCCAGAAAGAUGAAAUUGAAGACCAGUUCUCCGCUCUUACACUUGAACACCAGAAACUUAAAGACCAAAUGGAGGAACUCAACCUCAGAUUAACAGCCAACCAAGACCAACUCAAACAAAAAGAAGGAGUUCUCAAAUACGUUGGAGGAUCCGUUGCAGAAGCCAUUUACAAAGAAACCAUGGGGUCCUCCAAAACCUUCGACUCCACCACCAACCUCGAACUGAACUUCAGCAACGACAAGGACAGGAACCUCAUCGCCGCUCUCGGAGAAGCCCAGGUCAAACUCCCUUCCAUCGCCAGAAUCUACAUCAACUACGCCAAGAACUCUCACUUGGAAACACUGGACAAAUUCCUGACCCACUGCAGUCCGGCCUCCCUGCCUCUGCUCUGUCUGAACUUGGAUUGCUCCGAACUGUUAGAGAGCAGCAAUCUCCCGAGUGUGUUCUCGGGAGGGAGUCCGAGUCCCAUCCUGAGUAAGUGUCUCCAGGUGGUUCCUGGCUGGAGGCCGAGGGCCAUACUAUUCUCCCAAUUCUUUCAGAGUUUAGCCAACACUCUUUCAAAAGCCACAAAACAAGCAUCUUACUUUUCUAAACCAAAAACAUCUCACAAAUCCACAAUUAUCAAAUUUAAACAAAAUCUCAAACUUAACCUUUACUCCUUUCCGUUCAAAACCUAAACUUCCUCCCUUACCUCCUCCAAUUUAGACAACGUCACCAAAGAAAUAUUUU